AUGGCAGCAAUAGCUAAGGACAACACACAUGAACGAGAGUAUGAAGGGUGUAAACUGGAGACAGUUUACUUGGUACCUCAAGCUGUUGAUUUGCCUGUAUGUCUGGACUGUCUAAACGAGGGCAUGGAUGACGUACAACUCUGUCCUUUUUUUUGUUUUACAGAUGGCCGAAAAAUUCCAGAAAAGGAGCGUCGUAAACAAGAUAUUGACAUGAUGGGGAAAAAUAAGUUGAAGGAUAUUGUUUUCCGCUGUAUCGAGGACAAGAGUUUCAAGAGACCUCAUGCCGAGGAGCUUAUUCGAAUGCUUCGAUUACAAUCCUCAAAGAUAAGACAGAAAGAAUUGAUUGCGAAUCGUUAUGGACUACCAACAAUUCAACUUUUAGUUCUUGGGUCGAUGAGUGUUGGAAAGUCAUCCCUUAUCGCGCGAUAUUUUGACGGUGAAUUCAACGAUCGAAUCUUGGUAACCAUGGGCCGGGACAUCAGGGUAACUAAGAUCUGUCUACAUGACCGACGCUUUAAUCUAAAGGUUGUUGACACCGCAGGUCUAGAAAAAUAUAUAUCUGCUCUCGUUACAUCAGAGUUUCGGAAAAGUCAAGGGAUCGUCAUAGCUUAUGAUGUGACAGAUCCUCGUUCCCUUCACGAUGGUGUUAAGACAAUUUAUGAGCUUAUCAAAGACAAUGCAGCGGAUGAUGUGAGCAUGAUUUUAGUGGGAAACAAAACAGAAGAGCCGCGGCUUCUCAGUGAAAAAGACGGACAAAGAUAUGCAAAAAACUUUAAAAUUCCUUAUAUUGAGACGAGUGCAAAAACUGGAAAAAAUGUCAAAGAAAUGUUUGAAAUGAUCAUAAAAGAGAUCGAUGAAAGCUUGGAUUUGUCUGAUAUUGAUUCGUACGUCACAAGCCACGAAAAAGUACAACUGCCGCGAGCAAAAAGGAAAGGUUCCUGUUGUUUAUGGGGGUAACUGUAACUGUAAAUGUUUUAAUUGCUUUCUGUUUGGGUAAUGAAAACUCAUGUUCUGUUGUAAAGCACGCAGGAAGCGGCUAAAGCACGAAAGAAGUGAAGGGAGAAACACGAGACGUAGUCGAGUAUUCCUCCCUAUCUCUUGCGUACUUUAGCCGCCACACAGUCGAGGCUUUUAAUUUGUUUUAUAAUCAAU